AAUCAAUCACAACUUCAACCUAAUCAACCUACAGCAUCCCGCAUAUUUUCUGGGAGCUCUUGGGAUCACUACUCUCUUUAACUGCCUCUUGUGCAAAUCUACGAUUGCUAAUAUUGAGCACGGUUAACGGGGGGUAAGCGCCUCAGCGCAAACGGUCAAGAUGGCACCUGCUCUGCCCAUCAAGUUCACCGAGCUGGUCCAGUUGACCAACGUCGGAGUUCAACAAGGAUCAAUUGGAUUCAACUCAUGCACACUCGAAUCCGAUUCCUUCAUAUGUGUGCGAGAAAAGAAAGAUGAAGCCGCCCAACCCGAAGUUGUCAUCGUCGAUCUCAAGCAGGCCAACAAUGUCAUUAGGAGACCGAUCAAAGCUGAUAGUGCCAUCAUGCACUGGACGAAGCAGAUUAUUGCACUCAAGGCACAAGCCCGAACCCUCCAAAUAUUCGACCUCGGUGCCAAGGCAAAGUUGAAGUCAGCGACAAUGAAUGAGGAUGUGGUGUUCUGGAAGUGGUUCAGUGAGACAUCCUUGGGCCUGGUAACAGAUACUGCGGUCUACCACUGGGAUGUCUUUGAUCCAAAUCAACCAUCCCCAGUUGAGGUCUUCAAGAGAAAUCAAAAUCUUGCAGGGUGCCAAAUCAUCAACUAUCGCGUCAGCGACGAUGGCAAAUGGAUGGUGGUUGUUGGUAUCACACAACAACAAGGUCGAGUUGUGGGUGCUAUGCAGCUCUACUCGCGGGAUCGUGGCAUUAGUCAAGCUAUCGAAGGACACGCAGCUGCAUUCGGCACAUUACGACUCGAAGGUGCCCCGGCAGAUACCAAGGUGUUCACAUUCUCCGUUCGUACCGCUACUGGCGCAAAAUUGCACAUCGUAGAGGUUGAUCACCAAGCUUCGAACCCCGUCUUUCCGAAGAAGGCAGUGGAUGUUUACUUUCCGGCCGAGGCUGUCAACGAUUUCCCAGUUGCGAUGCAAGUUUCUCAGAAAUACAGCAUCAUCUAUCUCGUCACAAAAUACGGCUUCAUUCACCUCUACGAUUUGGAGACUGCCGCAUGUAUCUUCAUGAACCGUAUUUCGAGCGAAACCAUCUUCAUUACAGCUCCAGACUCGGAAUCCGCGGGUAUACUGGGCGUUAACAGGAAGGGACAAGUGCUGUCUGUUUCUGUCGACGAAGCCACUGUCAUCCCCUAUCUUCUCCAAAACCCAGCCAACUCAAGUCUUGCGGUCAAGCUUGCAUCACGAGCCGGUCUGCCUGGUGCCGACAACUUAUAUGCUCAACAAUUUGACCAAUUAGUGAACUCAGGAAACUAUGCAGAGGCCGCAAAGAUUGCUGCUAAUUCUCCGCGUGGCUUCCUCCGUACACCACAGACAAUCGAGCGAUUCAAGGCGUUGCCAGCUGCGCCCGGACAAUUGUCUGUCAUUCUCCAAUACUUUGGCAUGUUGCUUGACAAGGGAUCUCUCAACAAGCAUGAGACACUUGAGCUUGUAAGACCAGUUCUUGCUCAGAACCGAAAGCACCUGUUGGAGAAGUGGAUGAAGGAAAACAAGUUGGACUGUUCCGAAGAGCUUGGUGAUAUCGUUCGACCACAUGACUUGAACCUUGCUCUCAGCAUUUAUCUCCGCGCAAAUGUUGCUCCCAAAGUUGUUGCAGCCUUCGCUGAAACCGGCCAAUUCGAGAAGAUCCUGCCUUAUGCCACACAAGUUGGAUACCAACCUGACUAUGUCAUGAUGCUGCAGAAUAUUUCACGCAUCAACCCUGAGAAGGGUGCCGAAUUUGCAACUCAACUCGCAAACAACGAGGGCGGCUCAUUAGUCGACAUCGAUCGCGUCGUAGAUGUUUUCCAAUCGCAAGGCAUGGUUCAGCAAGCAACAGCCUUUCUGUUGGAUGCUUUGAAGGAUAACCGACCAGAGCAAGGCCAUUUGCAGACCCGCCUCCUCGAGAUGAAUCUUAUGAAUGCACCUCAAGUUGCUGAUGCCAUCCUGGGCAAUGAUAUGUUCUCCCACUACGAUAGAGCUCGUAUUGCAACACUGUGCGAGCAGGCUGGUCUCUCUCAACGAGCCCUAGAACACUAUGAUGACCCAGAGGCUGUCAAGCGUGUCCUGGUUGGUAUUGUCGCAACUCCAAACUUCAACCAGGACUGGCUUACCAACUUUUUCGGCCGCUUGUCUCUCGAGCAAUCGCUAGACUGCCUCGAUGCUAUGUUGAAGUCAAAUAUUCGUCAAAAUCUUGGUGCUGUUGUACAAAUUGCGACCAAAUACUCCGAUCUUCUCGGCCCUACCAGACUAAUUGAUCUGUUCGAGAAGUACAAGACUGCUGAAGGUCUAUUCUACUACCUCGGAAGCAUUGUCAAUCUUAGCGAAGACCAAGACGUCAACUUCAAGUACAUUGAGGCUGCAACAAAGAUGGGUCAAUUUACUGAGGUUGAGCGAAUUUGCCGAGACUCUAAUUACUUCAAUCCCGAAAAAGUGAAGAAUUUCUUGAAGGAAGCCAAAUUGACAGAGCAGUUACCGCUGAUCAUUGUUUGUGAUCGCUUCAACUUCAUCCACGACCUGGUUCUCUACCUGUACCAAAACCAACAGUUCAAGUCGAUCGAGGUCUAUGUUCAACGCGUCAACCCUGCUCGAACACCUGCAGUUGUUGGCGGUCUCCUUGACGUUGAUUGUGAUGAAUCGAUCAUCAAGAAUCUCCUCUCAACUGUCAAUCCGGCUUCAGUGCCAAUCGAUGAGCUUGUCGCCGAGGUCGAGUCGAGAAAUCGUCUCAAGCUCUUGCUUCCAUUUUUGGAAACAACUCUUGCUGGGGGUAAUCAACAGACGGCGGUGUUUAAUGCACUUGCAAAGAUUUAUAUUGACUCUAAUAACGAUCCCGAGAAGUUCUUGAAGGAGAAUAACCAAUAUGAUCCAUUAGUCGUUGGUAACUACUGCGCAAAGCGCGAUCCGAACCUUGCUGUCAUUGCAUACAAGAAAGGCGAAAACGAUAUUGAGCUCGUUUCGCUGACGAACGAGAACUCUAUGUUUAAAGCCCAAGCUCGUUAUCUCCUCGAAAGAGCUGACCGGGAGUUGUGGUCAUUUGUUCUCAGCCAUAACAACAUCUACCGCCGCUCCGUCAUUGACCAGGUCAUUUCUACUGCCGUGCCUGAAUCUACUGAGCCAGACAAAGUCUCCGUGGCAGUUGCUUCGUUCUUGGCUGCCGAUCUGCCUGCAGAGCUUAUCGAGCUUCUCGAGAAGAUCGUUCUGGAACCAUCGGCUUUUGACGAUAACACAAAUCUCCAGAACUUGCUCAUCCUCACGGCAACCAAGGCUGACAAGGGACGAGUUAUGGAUUACAUCCACCGUCUUGAUGCUUACAACGCUCCCGAUAUUGCAAACAUCUGUAUUGAGGUCGGAUUGUUCGAAGAGGCCUUCGAGGUCUACAAGAAAAUCAACGACCAUAAGAGUGCUGCCAAUGUGCUUGUCGAGCAUGUUGUCAGCAUCGAUCGUGCCCAGGAGUAUGCCGAACGUGUUGAACUUCCAGAGGUUUGGAGCAGAGUUGCCAAGGCCCAAUUGGAUGGCCUUCGUGUCAGCGAUGGUAUUGCUUCUUACAUUCGCGCCGAUGAUCCUAGCAACUACAACGAGGUUAUUGAGAUUGCUACACAUGCAGGCAAGGACGAAGACUUGAUCAAAUUCCUUCGCAUGGCACGCAAGACUCUCCGAGAGCCCGCCAUUGACACUGCUUUGGCUUUCGCCUAUGCCCGUACCGACCAAUUGAGCGAGUUGGAAGACUUCCUCCGAGGCACCAACGUUGCUGAUAUUGAGGAAUCCGGUGACAAGGCUUAUGCUGAAGGACAUCACCAAGCUGCAAAGAUAUUCUUCACCAGCAUCUCCAACUGGGCCAAGCUUGCCACCACCCUGGUUCAUCUCGAGGACUACCAAGCUGCUGUUGAGUGUGCCCGCAAGGCAAAUAACAUCAAGGUCUGGAAGCAAGUUAACGCCGCCUGUGUUGACAAAAAGGAGUUCCGACUUGCUCAAAUUUGUGGUCUGAACUUGAUUGUUGACGCCGAGGAACUCCAAGGUCUCGUCAAGCAAUAUGAGCGAAAUGGUUACUUUGAUGAGCUCAUCGCACUUCUCGAGCAAGGUCUUGGUCUUGAACGCAGUCAUAUGGGUAUGUUCACAGAGCUUGGCAUUGCCUUGUCGAAGUAUCACCCAGACCAAGUGAUGGAGCAUUUGAAGCUUUUCUGGAGCCGAAUCAACAUCCCCAAGAUGAUCCGCGCCUGCGAGGAGGCUCAUCUUUGGCCAGAACUCGUCUUCUUGUAUUGCCAUUAUGAUGAAUGGGACAAUGCGGCUUUGGCUAUGAUGGAGCGUGCCGCGGAUGCCUGGGAGCACCAUUCUUUCAAGGACAUCAUCGUCAAAGUCGCCAACUUAGAGAUCUAUUAUCGCGCACUCAACUUCUAUCUCCAAGAGCAGCCUUCUCUUUUGACUGACCUUCUCCAAGCCUUGACCCCGAGAAUCGAUGUCAAUCGUGUCGUUAAGAUGUUUGAGAAGUCAGACAACAUUCCUCUCAUCAAGCCAUUCCUUCUCAAUGUUCAAUCGCAGAACAAGAAGACCGUCAACAGUGCCAUCAAUGACCUGCUGAUCGAGGAGGAGGAUUACAAGACCUUGCGUGAUUCGGUUGAGAACUAUGACAACUACGACCCUGUCGACCUUGCUCAACGACUCGAACGUCACGACCUCGUCUUCUUCCGUCAAAUCGCUGCCAACAUCUACCGUAAGAACAAGCGCUGGGAGAAAUCGAUUGCUCUUUCCAAGCAAGACAAAUUGUUCAAGGAUGCCAUCGAGACUGCAGCUAUUUCUGGCAAGUCGGACGUCGUUGAGGAGUUGCUUAGAUACUUUGUCGACAUUGGCAGCCGCGAAUGCUAUGUCGGCAUGUUGUACGCCUGUUAUGAUCUGAUCCCCGUUCAUGUCGUUAUGGAGAUUUCAUGGCGUCACGGUCUUACUGACUUCACCAUGCCAUUCAUGAUCAACUACCUGGCCCAACAAAGCUCCACGAUUGAAAUGUUGAAGAAGGACAACGAAGAGCGCAAGUUGCGGGAGAAGUCACAGGAGAAGGAGGAGAACAACACUCCGAUCCUUGGAGGCAAUCGACUGAUGAUUACUGCUGGCCCAGCCGGAGGACGUCAAUCGCCUGCUCCUUUCGCUCAGACCAACGGCUUCGCACCUCAGCCAACGGGUCACACUGGUUUUUGAAGUUGAUACGGAUAAGUAGUGGCAUACCUUAGUGACAGCAUCUCGGGUUGUACCCUUUUCUGAUUUCCAUAGCGGGAAGGGAUCCGAAAGGUCUUGUCUCAUAUUCCCAGACAUGAAUGUAGUUGUAUGCAUCAAGUUCUUUCUAGCAGAGUUUUCUAGGAGGUCCACUCAAGGGAGGAGCGUGUAACUAAUAGGAGCGGUUCUAGCCUUGCUUUACUAGAUUCACUGAUGUAUUCUGACAAAAGGCCUUUUACAUCUGCAUCUUGCGAGCGUAAAGUGAGAUGAAUUUAUAAUUGAAGCUGAGCUUGACGGGUGACAUGUCUUUGCG